AUGUCUGAAACUUCUAAGGAACCAAAGUUUACUUUGAGACUUGUGGUUGAUGAAGAGAAAAAGAAGGUCGUUUUAGCUGAGGCUUGUCCGGAUUUUGUUGAUGUACUCUUCAGCUUUCUGACAUUACCAGUGGGCACCAUUGUCAGAUUGCUUGAAGAGCAUCGAAAAUCUGAGAUGACAAGUGUUGGUUGUUUUAGCAACCUUUAUAAAAGUGUUGGGGAUAUGGGCAUUGAUAAUUUCCAGACUGAAGCCUGUAAGCAGAUGCUCCUUUAUCCGAGGAGUGUGAGGGAUGUCCACUGCAAAAGGCUUAAGCUCAACUUACACCCUACUGAGGGUGACAAGUACUUUGAGUGUGAGCUGUAA